AUGUCUGCACCAUACGAUCCCAACCAAGGGGUGGAUAUCCCCCUCAAGGCUACCCUCCUCCUGGCCAGGGCUACCCUCCCCCACAGCCUUACCAGCAAGCGCCACCACCUCAAGAAGAAAAGAGCCACGGCUGCUUCUACACAUGUAUCGCCACACUCUGCUGUUGUUGGGUCUGCGGAGAGACCUGCGAGUGUUGUCUUGAAUGCCUCGACUGCUGCUGUUAAUCAAUCACCUACCCAGCACUGCAUUUCCCCCUCGUCAAAGCGCUUGCGCAUAAUAAAGAAUGCAUGA